AUGACCACCCGUUAUCGCGUUGAAUAUGCUCUCAAAACUCACCGCCGUGAUCAAUUCAUAGAAUGGAUCAAGGGCCUGCUGGCAGUGCCAUUCGUGCUGUAUUCGCAGCCUCACGGAGCCAUCGACCGGCAGGGCACGGUAAACCUAUCUCAGACACGCGAGGAAGCACAUCGGAGAUACAGCGAAAUUCUGCGCGAUGUCGAGGGCAUGAUCGACGACCACAUUGCCCACCAGAACGACCCCGAGAAUCCAUUCCCGUCGAAACUCAAGCUCCUGGUCCCCAGCAUCGGGCCCUUCUUCACUCGACUACCCCUAGAGGCCGCCUUCAAAUAUCAGGACAGCAAGCGUUACAUCUCCUCCCGCCGCUUCGUCUCCCCCUCCUUCAAUGACGUCCGCCUCAUCCUCAACUCGGCCCAAAUGAUGGCCGUGACAACAUACGGCACCCUCCAGCUAGCCACCUUCGAUGGUGACGUGACCCUCUACGAAGACGGGCAAAGCCUCGAACCAACCAGCCCCAUCGUCCCGCGGCUGAUCGACCUCCUCCGCAAAAACGUAAAGAUUGGCAUCGUCACCGCGGCAGGCUACACAACCGCCGACAAAUACUACGCCCGCCUGCACGGACUCCUCGACGCGCUGGCCAGCACGACCGAGCUAAACCCCUCCCAAAAGCAAUCCCUCAUCGUCAUGGGCGGAGAAGCGAACUACCUCUUCGAGUUCUCGCCUUCGUCCCCGCACCUCUUGGCCCCCGUCCCGCGCGAGAAGUGGCUGACCCCGGAAAUGGCCGCCUGGGAUGACCGCGACAUCGCCCAAGUGCUCGACGUCGCCGAGGCGGCCCUGCGCGACUGCGUCCGGACCCUCAACCUGCCGGCCGUGCUGAUGCGCAAGGACCGCGCCGUCGGCAUCGUCCCGAACCCGCCCGAGACGCGCAUCCCGCGCGAGUCGCUCGAGGAGACGGUCCUGGUGGUGCAGAAGACGCUGGAGCUCAGCGCGGCAGGGCGGGCCCGCCGCGUGCCCUUCUGCGCCUUCAACGGCGGGCGCGACGUCUUUGUCGAUAUCGGCGACAAGAGCUGGGGCGUGACGGUGUGCCAGCGCUGGUUCGGAUCUUCGUCCGAGCCGAGCAGAGGCCAAGGCGAAGGCGGCGCAAUCAAGGGGCAGAACACGCUGCACGUAGGCGACCAGUUCCUGAGCGCAGGGGCGAAUGAUUUCCGGGCGAGGAGCGUCGGCACGACGGCGUGGAUCGCGAGCCCGGCAGAGACGGUCGACCUGCUCGACGAGUUGGCCGAGUUGAUGGAGAAGAGGGCGUCUUAG